AUGCCAAUCUCUGCUAUUGUCGCUAUUGUUGCAACUUUGUACGGUUUACAAUACUAUGGCAAGCCAUUAUUCAACGAAGUUGCUUCCUUAACACAGCAAGAGCAAAUGCGUAUCAGAUCAAAAUCGCAAGGUGUAUAUGCUUGGGGUUCAAAUCGUUAUAAUGUGGUUGCACCUGAUACACCCUUGACAACGUUUAUCAAAUCGCCUAGAUCGAUCCCAUACUUUGAUGGCAUGGCAUUGCGAGAUCUCCAAAUGGAGGAACGACAUGCAGUUGCGGUAGAUGCAAACGGUGACAUUUUGCAAUGGGGAUUGGGAUUCUUUGAUGCUUCUCUAGAAAAUAUCAACCGUGAAGAGAACCUUGAUGAUGUUCCACUUGCCAGAAGACGGGAGAAGGAAAAAGCAAAUGAAUUGAUGCCCAAAGGCUCAUUGGGAGCUCAACCAACAUCACCGGUCCGUACUUUGAAAGGCAAGAAUAUCGUCAAGAUUGCUGCCUCUGACGAAAAGAUCUAUGCUCUUUCUGGAAAGGGUAAAGUGUAUGUGUUCUCUUCUGUUCAAGCACGACAAUGGCCCGGCAAGCGCCCUGGAUGGUCAGCAAAUCCCUUUACAUUGUUCGGAACAUUUGAUCAGACGGAAAUUGAUCAUGAGGUGUUGAAUGCCACACCUGCAGCUAAACUAGCAAGCGGUGAACGAAUUGUUGAUAUCCAAGCAGGAUCUCACCACCUUUUAUCAUUGAGUAAUAAAGGCAGAACGUUUAGCACUCCAAUCGAUCACAAUGGAAAUGUGUACGGACAACUUGGCUUGCGCAGAGUAUUGUUGGGAAACAAGAAAGCUUACCGAGAAGUACUCAUGGAACCAAAGAUGUUAACAGAAGCUGAACAACCUACAAUUUUCCAUCAAGGUCAAGUGUUACCUGCUUGGGCAUUACCGCCAGGCAUGGAAGAUAAAUCAAAGACCAAAAAGCCAGUCACAGUAGGUGUGCCAUCUUUUACGUCCAGCAAAGAUAUUAGACCAUUUGCAGAUAUUCGAUUCUGUCUUGCCCUUCACGAAAUUCCUACUUUGCGUGAUGUUCGUGUUGCACAAAUUGCAACCGGUUCAGAUCAUUCAGUCGUACGAACGACACAAGGAAAAGUAUUGGGAUGGGGACGUCAAACACACGGACAAACUGGAAUGGGUGCACAAAUUGCAUUAGAGGCAAUCCCAGUUCCAACCGAGAUCGUUUUAUCGAAAGCAUUCCCAAAUUCAAGCGUUGAUAUUCAUUGUACAAACAUUUCUGCCGGUGCUGAUAAUACCUUUUUCACAAUGUCAAGACGUGAACCUGGAUCGAUUGGAACAGGAAUCAAAGUUGAUCUUUUGGCUGUGGGGAAAGGUCAAUGGGGUACACUGGGAAACGCAAUGUGGAAUCAAGUAACAGUUGUUCCUGCAAGAGUGAAAACUGUCAGCAGUUUAUUGGAAUUCAGUGAAGUUACUCAACAAACCCAUCCUGUUCCGAUUCAUACAGUUUCCGUUGGUAAACCUGGAAGUGUUGCUGUUGUAUUGGAUACUGUUGAAAAAGAAGGUCAUCAAGCAUUCGGAAGGGAUGUAAUGGUUUUCGGACAUAACGCCGCUUUCCAAUUAGGUACAGGAAAAAGAUCCAAUCUUGCUGUACCACAACAUAUGCAACCUUUACCACCUCCAACAGAAGCAUAUGGUGCUGCAACACCUCCACCAUUGCCACUUUAUCCCAACGAAACUGCUCGAUUAAAAGAAGCAGAUAUCAAUUCCGGCGUUUUGACUCAUAUGCCUCAUCAUCGUUUGCAAUUAGCCAGUCAAACAAAGACUGAUACACUUUGUGCGCCAAAAGAGGUAGGCAAAGAAGGUAAAAAGAAGAAGAAAGUCAAUAUCGAAGAAACAAUCACAACUGGAGCAGUCAGUAUGGCCAUCUUUUGGCAAUUGCAAGAUUAG